AUGAUGAGAAGUUCUGUCUGUGGCUCUGGUGCCGACGGGGCAAGUCUGUUGUGGGCGGCUGCAGUGACGGUGGCAGGCAGCCCGAACUAUUGCUACUCUACUGCCGUCACAAGGGGCCUCAAACCGGCGGCGGCGUCGCCUCUGGUGAUGCAGCCGCCGGCGGAGCUGUCGUCCUCUUCUCCACCUGUCCAUCGAGUCACUUCGAGUCACUUCCUUCCCACUUGUCAUUCGAGUGCCGCAAAUGCGGCAACAGCGGCGGCGGCGUCGCCUCUGGUGAUGCAGCCGCCGGCGGAGCUGCCGUCCUCUUCUCCACCUGUCCAUCGAGUCACUAUGAGUCACUUCCUUCCCACUUGUCAUUCGAGUGCCGCCAAAUGCGGCAACAGCGGCGGCGGCGUCGCCUCUGCGGCGGCGGCGUCGCCUCUGGUGAUGCAGCCGCCGGCGGAGCUGUCGUCCUCUUCUCCACCUGUCCAUCGAGUCACUUCGAGUCACUUCCUUCCCACUUGUCAUUCGAGUGCCGCAAAUGCGGCAACAGCGGCGGCGGCGUCGCCUCUGGUGAUGCAGCCCCCGGCGGAGCUGUCGUCCUCUUCUCCACCUGUCCAUCGAGUCACUUCGAGUCACUUCCUUCCCACUUGUCAUUCGAGUGCCGCAAAUGCGGCAACAGCGGCGGCGGCGUCGCCUCUGGUGAUGCAGCCCCCGGCGGAGCUGUCGUCCUCUUCUCCACCUGUCCAUCGAGUCACUUCGAGUCACUUCCUUCCCACUUGUCAUUCGAGUGCCGCAAAUGCGGCAACAGCGGCGGCGGCGUCGCCUCUGGUGAUGCAGCCGCCGGCGGAGCUGUCGUCCUCUUCUCCACCUGUCCAUCGAGUCACUUCGAGUCACUUCCUUCCCACUUGUCAUUCGAGUGCCGCAAAUGCGGCAACAGCGGCGGCGGCGUCGCCUCUGGUGAUGCAGCCGCCGGCGGAGCUGUCGUCCUCUUCUCCACCUGUCCAUCGAGUCACUUCGAGUCACUUCCUUCCCACUUGUCAUUCGAGUGCCGCAAAUGCGGCAACAGCGGCGGCGGCGUCGCCUCUGGUGAUGCAGCCGCCGGCGGAGCUGUCGUCCUCUUCUCCACCUGUCCAUCGAGUCACUUCGAGUCACUUCCUUCCCACUUGUCAUUCGAGUGCCGCAAAUGCGGCAACAGCGGCGGCGGCGUCGCCUCUGGUGAUGCAGCCGCCGGCGGAGCUGUCGUCCUCUUCUCCACCUGUCCAUCGAGUCACUUCGAGUCACUUCCUUCCCACUUGUCAUUCGAGUGCCGCAAAUGCGGCAACAGCGGCGGCGGCGUCGCCUCUGGUGAUGCAGCCGCCGGCGGAGCUGUCGUCCUCUUCUCCACCUGUCCAUCGAGUCACUUCGAGUCACUUCCUUCCCACUUGUCAUUCGAGUGCCGCAAAUGCGGCAACAGCGGCGGCGGCGUCGCCUCUGGUGAUGCAGCCGCCGGCGGAGCUGUCGUCCUCUUCUCCACCUGUCCAUCGAGUCACUUCGAGUCACUUCCUUCCCACUUGUCAUUCGAGUGCCGCAAAUGCGGCAACAGCGGCGGCGGCGUCGCCUCUGGUGAUGCAGCCGCCGGCGGAGCUGUCGUCCUCUUCUCCACCUGUCCAUCGAGUCACUUCGAUCCCCCACAUGUCGCUUCGAGUGGCGACGGUUGUGGCAGUUGUGUCGGAUGUGGCGGCGGUGGCGGCUGCGGCAGGUGUCGCUGCGGUGUCGGUAGGUGUGGCGUUGGCGGCGGGUGUGUCUGCGAUGGCCGUGGUAGCGGUUGUGGAGGCAGCGGUGCCGGUGCCGGUGGCGGGUGUGGCGUUGGCGGCGGGUGUGGCGGCUGCGGGUGGUGGUGGCUAUGGAUGUGACGGUGGCGGUGACGGUGGCGGCGACCAUGGCGGGUGUGGCGUUGGCGGCGGGUGUGGCGGCUGCGGGAGGUGCGGUGGCAUUGGUGACGGGUGUGGUGGCAUAUGCCUGGCGGCGUUGGAGUUGGCGUUGGCGGGUGUGGUGUUGGCGGCGGGUGUGGCUGCGGUGGAGGUGGUGGCUAUGGAUGUGACGGUGGCGGUGACGGUGGCGGCGACCAUGGCGGGUGUGGCGUUGGCGGCGGGUGUGGCGGCUGCGGGAGCGGCGGCGGCGUCGCCUCUGGUGAUGCAGCCGCCGGCGGAGCUGUCGUCCUCUUCUCCACCUGUCCAUCGAGUCACUUCGAGUCACUUCCUUCCCACUUGUCAUUCGAGUGCAGCCAAAUGCGGCAACAGCGGCGGCGGCGUCGCCUCUGCGGCGGCGGCGUCGCCUCUGGUGAUGCAGCCGCCGGCGGAGCUGUCGUCCUCUUCUCCACCUGUCCAUCGAGUCACUUCGAGUCACUUCCUUCCCACUUGUCAUUCGAGUGCCGCAAAUGCGGCAACAGCGGCGGCGGCGUCGCCUCUGGUGAUGCAGCCGCCGGCGGAGCUGCCCUCAUGUUUCCCCCCCUGUCAAUCCAUCCGCAUCCCCCACAUGUCGCUUCGAGUGGCGACGGUUGUGGCAGUUGUGUCGGAUGUGGCGGCGGUGGCGGCUGCGGCAGGUGUCGCUGCGGUGUCGGUAGGUGUGGCGUUGGCGGCGGGUGUGUCUGCGAUGGCCGUGGUAGCGGUUGUGGAGGCAGCGGUGCCGGUGCCGGUGGCGGGUGUGGCGUUGGCGGCGGGUGUGGCGGCUGCGGGAGUUGGCUUGGCGGGUGUGGCGUUGGCGGCGGGUGUGGCUGCGGUGGAGGUGGUGGCUAUGGAUGGGACGGUGGCGGUGACGGUGGCGGCGACGAUGGCGGGUGUGGCGGUGGCGGCGGGUGUGGCGGCUGCGGGAGGUGGUGGCUAUGGAUGCGACGGUGGCGGUGACGGUGGCGGCGACGAUGGCGGGUGUGGCGGUGGCGGUGGGUGUGGCGGCUGCGGGAGGUGCGGUGGCAUCGGUGACCGGAGUGGUUGCAUUUGCCUUGGCGGCGUUGGAGUUGGCGUUGGCGGGUGUGCCGUUGGCGGCGGGUGUGGCUGCGGUGGAGGUGGUGGCUAUGGAUGUGACGGUGGCGGUGCCGGUGGCGGCGAUGAUGACGGGUGUGGCGUUGGCGGCGGGUGUGGCGGCUGCGGGAGGUGCGGUGGCAUUGGUGACGUGUGUGGUGGCAUUUACCUGGCGGCGUUGGAGUUGGCGUUGGCGGGUGUGGUGUUGGCGGCGGGUGUGGCUGCGGUGGCGGCGACGGUGGCGGGUGUGGCGUUGGCGGGGUGCUUGGCGGCUAUUGCAGGUGCAGCGGCAUCGUUGACGGGUGUGGUGGCAUUUGCGUUGGCGGCGUUGGAGUCGGCCUUAGCGGGUGUGGCAGUGGCGGCGGGUGUGGCGGCUGCGGCAGGUGCAAUGGCAUCGGUGACGGGAGUGGUUGCAUUUGCCUUGACGGCGUUGGAGUUGUCGUUGGCGGGUGUGGCGUUGGCGGCGGGUGUGGCUGCGGUGGCGGUAAUUGUGGUGGCGGCGACGGUGAUGGGUAUGGCGUUGGCUGCGGGUGUGGCGGCUGCGGGAGGCGCCGUGGCAUUGAUGACGGCGGCGGCGGCGUCGCCUCUGGUGAUGCAGCCGCCGGCGGAGCUGUCGUCCUCUUCUCCACCUGUCCAUCGAGUCACUUCGAGUCACUUCCUUCCCACUUGUCAUUCGAGUGCCGCCAAUUGCGGCAACAGCGGCGGCGGCGUCGCCUCUGCGGCGGCGGCGUCGCCUCUGGUGAUGCAGCCGCCGGCGGAGCUGUCGUCCUCUUCUCCACCUGUCCAUCGAGUCACUUCGAGUCACUUCCUUCCCACUUGUCAUUCGAGUGCAGCCAAAUGCGGCAACAGCGGCGGCGGCGUCGCCUCUGCGGCGGCGGCGUCGCCUCUGGUGAUGCAGCCGCCGGCGGAGCUGUCGUCCUCUUCUCCACCUGUCCAUCGAGUCACUUCGAGUCACUUCCUUCCACUUGUCAUUCGAGUGCUGCCAAUUGCGGCAACAGCGGCGUCGGCGUCGCCUCUGUCACUUCGAGUCACUUCCUUCCCACUUGUCAUUCGAGUGCCGCCAAUGGCGGUAAUUGUGGUGGCGGCGACGGUGAUGGGUAUGGCGUUGGCUGCGGGUGUGGCGGCUGCGGGAGGCGCCGUGGCAUUGAUGACGGGUGUGGUGGCAGCUGCCUUGGCAGCGUUGGAGUUGGCGUUGGGGGUUGUGGCGUUGGCAGCGGGUGUGGCUGCGGUGGCGAUAGUGGCGGUGGCGGUGACGCUGGCGAGUGUGGCGGUGGCGGCCGGUGUGGCGGCUGCGGCAGGUGCAGCGGCAUCGAUGACAGGUGUGGUGACAUUUGUGUGGGCGGAGGUGGACUUGGCGUUGGCGACGGCGUCGCCUCUGGUGAUGCAGCCGCCGGCGGAGCUGCCGUCCUCUUCUCCACCUGUCCACCGAGUCACUUCGAGUCACUUCCUUCCCACUUGUCAUUCGAGUGCCGCAAAUGCGGCAACAGCGGCGGCGGCGUCGCCUCUGGUGAUGCAGCCGCCGGCGGAGCUGUCGUCCUCUUCUCCACCUGUCCAUCGAGUCACUUCGAGUCACUUCCUUCCCACUUGUCAUUCGAGUGCCGCAAAUGCGGCAACAGCGGCGGCGGCGUCGCCUCUGUCACUUCGAGUCACUUCCUUCCCAGUUGUCAUUCGAGUGCUGCCAAAUGCGGCAACAGCGGCGGCGGCGUCGCCUCUGGUGAUGCAGCCGCCGGCGGAGCUGUCGUCCUCUUCUCCACCUGUCCAUCGAGUCACUUCCUUCCCAAUUGUCAUUCGAGUGCCGCCAAUUGCGGCAACAGCGGCGGCGGCGUCGCCUCUGGUGAUGCAGCCGCCGGCGGAGCUGUCGUCCUCUUCUCCACCUGUCCAUCGAGUCACUUCGAGUCACUUCCUUCCCACUUGUCAUUCGAGUGCCGCCAAAUGCGGCAACAGCGGCGGCGGCGUCGCCUCUGGUGAUGCAGCCGCCGGCGGAGCUGUCGUCCUCUUCUCCACCUGUCCAUCGAGUCACUUCGAGUCACUUCCUUCCCACUUGUCAUUCGAGUGCCGCAAAUGCGGCAACAGCGGCGGCGGCGUCGCCUCUGGUGAUGCAGCCGCCGGCGGAGCUGUCGUCCUCUUCUCCACCUGUCCAUCGAGUCACUUCCUUCCCACUUGUCAUUCGAGUGCCGCAAAUGCGGCAACAGCGGCGGCGGCGUCGCCUCUGGUGAUGCAGCCGCCGGCGGAGCUGUCGUCCUCUUCUCCACCUGUCCAUCGAGUCACUUCGAGUCACUUCCUUCCCAGUUGUCAUUCGAGUGCCGCCAAUUGCGGCAACGGCGGCGGCGGCGUCGCCUCUGGUGAUGCAGCCGCCGGCGGAGCUGUCGUCCUCUUCUCCACCUGUCCAUCGAGUCACUUCGAGUCACUUCCUUCCCACUUGUCAUUCGAGUGCCGCAAAUGCGGCAACAGCGGCGGCGGCGUCGCCUCUGCGGCGGCGGCGUCGCCUCUGGUGAUGCAGCCGCCGGCGGAGCUGUCGUCCUCUUCUCCACCUGUCCAUCGAGUCACUUCCACUUCCUUCCCACUUGUCAUUCGAGUGCCGCCAAAUGCGGCAACAGCGGCGGCGGCGUCGCCUCUGGUGAUGCAGCCGCCGGCGGAGCUGUCGUCCUCUUCUCCACCUGUCCAUCGAGUCACUUCGAGUCACUUCCUUCCCACUUGUCAUUCGAGUGCCGCCAAAUGCGGCAACAGCGGCGGCGGCGUCGCCUCUGGUGAUGCAGCCGCCGGCGGAGCUGUCGUCCUCUUCUCCACCUGUCCAUCGAGUCACUUCCUUCCCAGUUGUCAUUCGAGUGCCGCCAAAUGCGGCGGCGGCGGCGGCGGCGCCUCUGGUGAUGCAGCCGCCGGCGGAGCUGUCGUCCUCUUCUCCACCUGUCCAUCGAGUCACUUCGAGUCACUUCCUUCCCACUUGUCAUUCGAGUGCCGCAAAUGCGGCGGCGGCGGCGGCGGCGUCGCCUCUGGUGAUGCAGCCGCCGGCGGAGCUGUCGUCCUCUUCUCCACCUGUCCAUCGAGUCACUUCGAGUCACUUCCUUCCCACUUGUCAUUCGAGUGCCGCAAAUGCGGCGGCGGCGGCGGCGGCGUCGCCUCUGGUGAUGCAGCCGCCGGCGGAGCUGCCCUCAUGUUUCCCCCCCUGUCAAGUCCAUCCUCAUCCCCCACAUGUCGCUUCGAGUGGCGACGGUGUCGCUGCGGUGUCGGUAGGUGUGGCGUUGGCGGCGGGUGUGUCUGCGAUGGCGGUGGUAGCGGUUGUGGAGGCAGCGGUGGCGGUGCCGGUGGCGGGUGUGGCGUUGGCGGCGGGUGUGGCGGCUGCGGGAGGUGCGGUGGCAUUGGUGACGGGAGUGGUUGCAUUUGCCUGGCGGCGUUGGAGUUGGCGUUGGCGGGUGUGGUGUUGGCGGCGGGUGUGGCUGCGGUGGAGGUGGUGGCUAUGGAUGUGAUGGUGGCGGUGACGGUGGCGCCGACGAUGGCGGGUGUGGCGUUGGCGGCGGGUGUGGCGGCUGCGGGAGCGGCGGCGGCGUCGCCUCUGGUGAUGCAGCCGCCGGCGGAGCUGUCGUCCUCUUCUCCACCUGUCCAUCGAGUCACUUCCUUCCCAGUUGUCAUUCGAGUGCUGCCAAUUGCGGCAACAGCGGCGUCGGCGUCGCCUCUGGUGAUGCAGCCGCCGGCGGAGCUGUCGUCCUCUUCUCCACCUGUCCAUCGAGUCACUUCGAGUCACUUCCUUCCCACUUGUCAUUCGAGUGCCGCAAAUGCGGCAACAGCGGCGGCGGCGUCGCCUCUGGUGAUGCAGCCGCCGGCGGAGCUGUCGUCCUCUUCUCCACCUGUCCAUCGAGUCACUUCGAGUCACUUCCUUCCCACUUGUCAUUCGAGUGCCGCCAAAUGCGGCAACAGCGGCGGCGGCGUCGCCUCUGGUGAUGCAGCCGCCGGCGGAGCUGCCGUCCUCUUCUCCACCUGUCCAUCGAGUCACUUCGAGUCACUUCCUUCCCACUUGUCAUUCGAGUGCCGCAAAUGCGGCAACAGCGGCGGCGGCGUCGCCUCUGCGGCGGCGGCGUCGCCUCUGGUGAUGCAGCCCCCGGCGGAGCUGCCCUCAUGUUUCCCCCCCUGUCAAUCCAUCCUCAUCCCCCACAUGUCGCUUCGAGUGGCGACGGUUGUGGCAGUUGUGUCGGAUGUGGCGGCGGUGGCGGCUGCGGCAGGUGUCGCUGCGGUGUCGGUAGGUGUGGCGUUGGCGGCGGGUGUGUCUGCGAUGGCGGUGGUAGCGGUUGUGGAGGCAGCGGUGCCGGUGCCGGUGGCGGGUGUGGCGUUGGCGGCGGGUGUGGCGGCUGCGGGAGGUGGUGGCUAUGGAUGUGACGGUGGCGGUGACGGUGGCGGCGACGAUGGCGGGUGUGGCGUUGGCGGCGGGUGUGGCGGCUGCGGGAGGUGCGGUGGCAUUGGUGACGUGGUGGCUAUGGAUGUGACGGUGGCGGUGACGGUGGCGGCGACGAUGGCGGGUGUGGCGUUGGCGGCGGGUGUGGCGGCUGCGGGAGGUGGUGGCUAUGGAUGUGACGGUGGCGGUGACGGUGGCGGCGACGAUGGCUGGUGUGGCGUUGGCGGCGGGUGUGGCGGCUGCGGGAGGUGCGGUGGCAUUGGUGACGUGGUGGCUAUGGAUGUGACGGUGGCGGUGACGGUGGCGGCGACGAUGGCGGGUGUGGCGUUGGCGGCGGGUGUGGCGGCUGCGGGAGGUGGUGGCUAUGGAUGUGACGGUGGCGGUGACGGUGGCGGCGACGAUGGCUGGUGUGGCGUUGGCGGCGGGUGUGGCGGCUGCGGGAGCCGCCGGCGGAGCUGUCGUCCUCUUCUCCACCUGUCCAUCGAGUCACUUCGAGUCACUUCCUUCCCACUUGUCAUUCGAGUGCCGCAAAUUGCGGCAACAGCGGCGUCGGCGUCGCCUCUGGUGAUGCAGCCGCCGGCGGAGCUGUCGUCCUCUUCUCCACCUGUCCAUCGAGUCACUUCGAGUCACUUCCUUCCACUUGUCAUUCGAGUGCCGCCAAUUGCGGCAACAGCGGCGGCGGCGUCGCCUCUGGUGAUGCAGCCGCCGGCGGAGCUGUCGUCCUCUUCUCCACCUGUCCAUCGAGUCACUUCGAGUCACUUCCUUCCCACUUGUCAUUCGAGUGCCGCAAAUGCGGCAACAGCGGCGGCGGCGUCGCCUCUGGUGAUGCAGCCGCCGGCGGAGCUGUCGUCCUCUUCUCCACCUGUCCAUCGAGUCACUUCGAGUCACUUCCUUCCCACUUGUCAUUCGAGUGCCGCAAAUGCGGCAACAGCGGCGGCGGCGUCGCCUCUGGUGAUGCAGCCGCCGGCGGAGCUGUCGUCCUCUUCUCCACCUGUCCAUCGAGUCACUUCGAGUCACUUCCUUCCCACUUGUCAUUCGAGUGCCGCAAAUGCGGCAACAGCGGCGGCGGCGUCGCCUCUGGUGAUGCAGCCGCCGGCGGAGCUGUCGUCCUCUUCUCCACCUGUCCAUCGAGUCACUUCGAGUCACUUCCUUCCCACUUGUCAUUCGAGUGCCGCAAAUGCGGCAACAGCGGCGGCGGCGUCGCCUCUGGUGAUGCAGCCGCCGGCGGAGCUGUCGUCCUCUUCUCCACCUGUCCAUCGAGUCACUUCGAGUCACUUCCUUCCCACUUGUCAUUCGAGUGCCGCAAAUGCGGCAACAGCGGCGUCGGCGUCGCCUCUGGUGAUGCAGCCGCCGGCGGAGCUGUCGUCCUCUUCUCCACCUGUCCAUCGAGUCACUUCGAGUCACUUCCUUCCCACUUGUCAUUCGAGUGCCGCAAAUGCGGCAACAGCGGCGGCGGCGUCGCCUCUGGUGAUGCAGCCGCCGGCGGAGCUGUCGUCCUCUUCUCCACCUGUCCAUCGAGUCGCUUCGAGUCACUUCCUUCCCACUUGUCAUUCGAGUGCCGCAAAUGCGGCAACAGCGGCGGCGUCGUCGCCUCUGGAGAUGCAGCCGCCGGCGGAGCUGUCGUCCUCUUCUCCACCUGUCCAUCGACGCUGCCUACUGGCGCUCCAGCUGCACGGCGGGAUCAUGCUGGUCGUGGCCAUGGUGCUGGUGGUGCGCCGGCAGCAGGGCCCCAAGGCCCAGGUCCUCCUUCAUUGUAGCCCCAAAGGAGGCUCAUUUAGCCGCGCGCGUGAAUUCUAG